AUGCUCUCUAAAGUUUUCCUGUCCUUGCUCGCUCUGGUUAGUUCCCACCUCGUGGUGGGAUAUCAACUCCGACGCCCCGAGAACCCGACGUACUGGCUCGCUAGCUUGCGCAAUUCGACUGGUACGGGCGCUCCUACUCUUGAUACGCCAGGUAUCAGAAAAAUUCGCUUCGCUGAAGGCGUCACUCCUGUACCCAUCACUAUUGAGGAGAAGGAUGCUCUUGAGAGAACGGGAAUCCGAUAUAUGGACGUUACCGAGGUCGAUCUUGAGCAGGUGAGGGCGGAGCGCCAAGCAAAGGACAGAGUCGACCUUUUGGCAACCUUUCCAUCAGGGCCUACGCACCAGACACAAGUGAAGGCGGUCCUUGCAACCCUCUCCCAAGCUAAUCUCAAGAACGACCUCGCAAUACUUACAGCAUACAACAACCGCUAUUAUCGCUCGAGUACAGGUGCAGCCGCUGCCAACGAUCUGGCUGCUAAGCUCAAGACGAUUGCCACCGCGGCACCUGGAACCGGGGGUGCUAUCACCGUUAAAACAUUUACUAACUCUUUCACCAUGCCCUCGGUAAUCGCGCGCAUAGAAGGAACGACCCCAAGCGCUCCCGUCGUGAUCAUUGGGGCUCACCUUGAUUCGAAUAGAUUCUAUCAAUCAAACUCUCCCUCCUCUGGGCGAGCCCCUGGGGCGGACGAUGAUGGAACGGGAUCUGUGAACCUCAUCGAGGCUUUCCGCAAAAUGACAGCAGCUGGAUUCAAACCCGCAAACCCCGUCGAGUAUCACUGGUAUGCCGGUGAAGAGGGUGGUCUUCUCGGAAGCUCCGCUAUUGCAAAGUCAUAUGCCAACUCAGGAAUCGCUGUCAAAGGCAUGCUUCAAUUAGAUAUGACCGGCUAUGUCAAACCGGGUACGAGUCCGGUCGUUGGGUUCAUUACCGACUAUACAAACUUGGCUCUAACCACAUUUACCAAAACGCUCGUUACGACUUACUUGAGCAACAUCGGUAUCUCCUCGUCCAAAUGCGGAUAUGGCUGCUCAGACCAUGCUUCGUGGAACAGCGCUGGAUACCCUUCCGUCUUCCCUUUCGAGACGACGUUUGGGGAUGACAACCCCAACAUUCAUGGUUCGGGAGACGUCAUUACCGUCAAUGGAUUCGAUUUUGCGCAUAACCCUUAUUCCAAUGGAAUGAUAUAUAUACAAGCUGGAACACGCUCGCCACUCUUGACCCUCUCCUCAAUGGCAACCAAACAGCUCGGCCAUGAAAAACGAAAAAGGGUCCCUGGAAUGGAUGCCGAGUCGCCUGCAAAACGUCGGAAGAUUAUCAAGACUCCAAUGCCCACUCCAGAAGAGAAGUUUGCGGGGAAGUUGCACCAUGCAACCAAGGAGAUAAAAAAGGCUGGAAAAACGGCUAGAAUGCGCGAGAUACAACGACUCGUCCGCAAAAUCAAGGAUACUCGCGCAAAAACCGAACAAAAGCAAGAACUAACAAUACUAGAGCAGCAACUCGAAGACUUAAAGGCACGUAUCCUCACCAAACUUACCAUUGACUGUGAAAUGGUUGCUAGCAGUAUGCUACUACGACGGUUGAGCAAGGAUGCCGCUCUUCAAAACGAGUCCUGUGUCCAGAUUUUGGAGAAGGAACUAGAGGAUGUCGCCUCAUGGGACGCAAAGCACCAUUCCAAGCCCCAGUCAUCCUCAAAGGCGCUCUCAGAGAACAGGUUGCGGAGUUCCAAGUUUCUGGCGGGUCAAGUCUCCAGUGUUGUUGCCUCACUCGUAUCUGUUCUCCAACCUUCAGAGAGCCGCGAGAAGCAGGUUGUCACAUCUGGUCCUGUAGAGAACGUGGAUAUGGCAGAGCAGGAUGAAUGGAGCUCGGGAUCCAUUGAUGAUGAUCAUACGAGGCCCAUCGUGGGCAACCUCCAUAGGAGCAAGAUCCCAGAUGAUAGUUCCGAGGCGGAAUCUGACGCUGAGAGCGAGGCAGAAGAUACCCAGAGCGAAUCCGAGGAAAUAUUGGAUCGUGACCUCUCGCAAGACCAAGACGACCUCAAGUCCGAGCCGUUGACGGGGCAAUCCUCAUUUCUACCCUCUCUCGCUGUUGGAUAUAUAUCAGGCGACUCGGAAGCAUCCGACAUGGAGCAAGGUAAAAACGGCAAGAAGAGCAAAGGCGGGAUAGAUAUAGCGCCUCGCAAGAACAGACGUGGGCAAAGGGCUCGGAUGGCUAUAUGGGAGAAAAAGUAUGGCAAGAACGCAAACCAUCUCAAAAGGGAACGAGAAGCGCAGAAAGACGGUUCUAUGCCCCGGAAAGGCUCCUUGAAGCCGCCUUUCUUGGCUUGGAAAGGUCCGAAACGAACCCGGUCUGAUCAGCCCUCGACGACACCACAACGACAUCCUCGACCAGCGACUGAUACUCCUUCUAGACGGAAAGCCCAGAAGACGGACGCCGUCAUACAUCCAUCCUGGGAAGCAGCCAGGAAGAAAAAGCUACAACCCAUGGUGUUGCCGCCAAUGGGGAAGAAAAUCGUCUUCUAA